AUGUGCUGCUCCAGCGUCGGCCAGAUCGUCUUUGGCAUCGUCAUGUUUGCGUGCUUCUGCUUGACGUUGGGAGCCAUGUUUUCGCCGGAAUGGCGAACAUUCAAAGAUGACCUCGACGACACGGCAAAAGAUCUGGAUGUUCAUUCGGGCAUCUUUUCGUUCAACUGUCGAAUGCCGGGAAAAGAGGAAGGGUCCUGCGACGAUUGGUGGGAUAACCUCCACACCUGGGAGAAAGUGACGGUCACGUGCAUGUGCUUGGCGCUGGUGACAGAAAUCCUCUGCUUGGCCUGGAAUCUGAUUACGUUCUGCGCGUGCUGUUGCAAGCAGUAUAUCAUCCACCCCCUGAGCCUCUUCGCGACGUUGGUUUCCCUGUUUUUGGGCGUUGCGGUCAUCGUUUACGGCGCGAACAACAAGGAUGCGUUUAAAGAUCUGAAAUGGAAAGCCCCUGACGAGUCCAGCGAGGUCGGCUACUCAUUCUAUUUAGCCGUCGCUGCCGUUGUCCUGUCUGUGUUUGACAUCUUCGUCGCUGGCAUUACCGUAUUCUUCGCCAAAAAAUGCUUG